AUGGACGCGCUGGCACCGUACGUCGACGUGUCAAGGACGUCCCUCUUCCUCUCCCUCGGCGCGAUCGCCUUCAACCCUACGGCGUGGAAUAUUGUUGCCCGCAAUGAGUACCACAACAAAACGAUCGCGCCUAUAUUUGGCGGAAAUGCGUACGCGGGGACCUACUUCCUUGCCGCUUGGAUUUUCGGAUGCGGUAUCCUGCGCGACCAGCUCCGAAAGUUGCCUUACUUCCUGAGCCGCUCAACCCUUAUCCUCGUUGCGCUGUUCGGUCUCGGCCAACUCUUCGUCGUCACCUCGACCUGGGCGCUUGGGAUCACCGGAACGUUCCUGUGGGACUACUUCGGCAUCCUCAUGGAUGCCCGCGUCGAAGGUUUUCCUUCCAACGUCCUGCGGGACCCAAUGUACGUUGGAAGCACCUUGUGCUUCGCGGUUACUGCCCUCUGGCAUGAGCGGCCAACCGGCUUGUUGAUCACCUUGUACGUGUACAUCGUGUACAUAUUGGCGCUCGAGUACGAGGGCCCGUUCACCGACAUGAUCGACUCGAGCCGUGCAUCCGCACAAGCGGCAGCUUCCAAUAAGCCAUCGUCGAAAAAGGAGCUUUGA